CUGCCCAUAAGGAGUUAACAAUGUGUUGUUCCCGUCGGGUAGGACCUGGUCUUUGACUGGUCACCUUGCCCCAAGAGUCACCGAGCAGGAAUGUUAAUCAUCGAGGCAGGGGAUUCGUGAAGGCCAAGGCUGGGCUCCAACACUGUCAACCAGUCCCAGAUGAUCUCAUCCAAGCACAUUAUCCCUUUUAGUUUAAGAUGAUGGCUGGGAGGAGUCAGAACCGAAGUUUUCAUGGCGCAGCAGUCCAGCCUGUGGUGAACAGCCACAUGUAUCCGUUCGGGAAUAACACGGACCCAGAUAUCUCGGAAGAAGAUGGCGAGGUGUACGAGCUGCGACCGAGGGGAAGAGAGAAAAACCGGAGGAGUUCAUCAAGAGAUAGAUGUGAUGAUAUUGUAUUAUUAACAAAGGAUAUUCAGGAGGGAGACACUUUAAUUGCAAUAGCCCUUCAAUAUUGCUGCUCAGUAGCAGAUAUCAAAAGGGUGAACAAUCUUAUAAGCGAUCAAGACUUUUUUGCUUUGCGAUCCGUCAAAAUCCCAGUGAAGAAGUUCAGCGUGUUGACUGAAACGCACUACUCUCCCAAAGGACGACCGCCUUUACACCCUGCCGCUGCUGCAGACGCCCCAGGGCCCCAGGACGCCGCGCCAGCUUCCGAUCCUUCCUCUCCUAACGAGACUGCCGGUGGCUUUCUCAAAGAAGUCGACCGGGACAUCGAACAGAUAGUCAGGUGUACAGACACCAAGAAGGAGAAUCUCAACGAAGUGGUGUCCGCCUUGGCGACCCAACAGGUGUGUUUUGAACCCGAAGGCAAAAGCGUCCGGCGAAAAGACCCCUAUUAUGGUGCAGACUGGGGGAUAGGUUGGUGGACGGCUGUGGUGAUUAUGUUGAUAGUGGGCAUCAUCACGCCGGUGUUCUACUUGCUCUACUAUGAAGUCUUAGUGAAAGUGGAUGUCAGUCACCAUUCGACGGUUGAAUCUUCACAGUCGCAUUCGGGAGUCACCCCCCCGUCGCCACAGAGAGAAGUGGGAAACGGACCCGCACUGACCCGAGGGCCGCACGGUGGCCUGCCGGACCAUAAGCCCCCUGCUCAAAAUUCUCAAGCCCCUGCUGCACGCCAGCAUCUGACAUAGCAUUUGGUUGCAAACUAUUUGACCACAAGUGCAUCUGGAAUGCAGCAAAUUGGCCUGGCACGUGCAACCAUUUUAUCACUCUAAGGACAGUAUUUCCAUUUGUUAGGGGUGCCGAAGUUGAUUUUUAGCCUUUUUGUUUGUUUGUUUGAGCCAUUUACCCAUGGAUCAUAUGUGAGACUGGCUAGGUUUUCUGUUAAUUCUAUUUCGUGGACAGAUUGCCUAGCCAGAGUUUUGGCUACAGCACUGUUUUGCCCCCAAAAGGAUUUAAAUAGACAUAGAAAGUUCUAAAUUUGCAUCCUUAUUCUUAUUUAAUGAUAGCUGGCUUCUGUGAAUUUUUAUUUUCCUAAGUAGUUUUUUUAAAAAUUUUAUUUAGGGCAUUGAUGUUCAGGUUAUUAAAUGGUAGUAUUAGAUAUACACACCGAGAACAGCUCACUGAUUACUGUGGAAAAUACUGAAAUUCAUUAUCUGAAAUUUAUUAUUUGUGAUGAUUGAUUAAAAUUGAGCAAAUUUAGUUCUAGUCUAGAAGCAUUUGGUGAUACUACACUCUGACUAGGAUGUUUGACAUUUGAAAAUAUCCAAUUUUUUUUUUAUCACCGUCGGCACAUGUAACCUAACGGAUUGGGCAGAAAACCGAAAUGUUUGGUAAGAGACCAGUGAACGUCCUAUUUCGUGCAAAAGGAGUUUUUACUAAAAAAAAGUUGCUGUGAUUUAGAGGUUCCUACCCUGGGUUGAGUUGGGAGGUGUGAAAUCUCUGCAGCCCAGACAAGAAGUCUCAACUUUUAUGCUUCAGUGUCUCCAUCUGUAAGGCAAUUCUUCUUGCCUCGGAUCUGUAAGCCCUGUGAGGUUUUGAACAGACAGGUGCUUCGUCUAUAUAAAGUGUGAUUGCAGAGGAAAUAUUUUGCACUAGGCCAUGAUAAAUCGUUGCUGCACCACAUGUUAGUAGUGACUUGUUGAUUUUAUUUUAAUUUUUUGAAUUGGAAAUAUCCCUUCAGAGGGUCCCAAGUGUUAAAAACUGACCCCAGAUUUCAGUUGUUCAGCAUGAAUCCAUUGGUCUCGGCCAGAGUUGGUUUUAUUGCCCUCCUAUCUGUGUAGGUUCGUGUGUUGCCCAAAAUUGUCAACUAAGCAGAAUCAGGUUAAACAGGGUGAUUUGUGCUUGUAUCAGCAGGCCAAAAGGGUGCAGAGAUCCGAAGGGUGGGGAUCUCGUUGGUCUUUAUUGAUCCCUUAUCCUCUUGAUCUCUUGAUCAUUUUUUUUUUUAAACCAAGGGACUCUUACCCCCCUUGGGUGAGUAAGCUUGAGGAGUGAGUAGUCGUAGGAAGUAAUCUGCUUUAGUAGGAGCGUGUCAGGGGGAGUUGGCGAGCAGAGAGCUGUGGAAGACCUUCUUGGGUCGAUAUGCUUCCUGUGAUCAGGUCUGGGGAGCUUGGCUUGCCUACAAUGUUUUUAGACCAGCUGCAAUCUGCCUCUUGGUCGUAGGUGGAUGAAACGAAACGCCUUGAUCUCUCCUCUCGGUGAGAACCCGAAACAGAAGGGGUGCUGCAAUAGGAGGCAGGUGGUGUGGAGUUUGGGGUUUGUUUUUUUAACUUAUCAUUACAGUUGGUGUAUUUUAACAUGAGGUGUAAACCAUCGACUCAGCCUGCACUUGUUGCCCACACAGUGAUAAAGCUAGUGUAGGAUUUCAGCUCCACUCAAUUUGUAAUGUGACAGGUGAGUAAACUUGGUAAAUAGAGAUUAUAUGAUGUAUUUUUAGGAACAAAACAAGCCCUUUCUAAGACAGAAGGGAGGGGAGGAAACUCCUAUCCCCUGAUGAUCUUUGCAGCUUACCAGAAAGUGUUAAUAGUUAAUGUUUUGACUGAUAAAAAUCUGAGAAACGAGCAACUGUCCAUUUUUAGCCUAGCCGAAUGCCUGUGUAAUUAUAAAAGGGCACUUUCUUAGUUUCUGAAUCCUGACUGAUGUUUGUGCUAAAGAGAUCUUGAAGAGAAACCAAUCUAUUAUUGAACCUACUUCUAAUGCCUAGAUUUCCUCUGUAGCUCUGCUUUUUAGAUCUGUAAGGGAUCUUUGGCAGAAACACUAAGGGGACUGUUGAACGUAUUGCUGCUGCAAACGCCCCAGGCGGAAUCUGAAAGACUUCAUUCACUUCAGUCCCCAAAUGGCCGCCCGGACAGACCCCAGGUAGCAAUUUUAGGCACUGGGAGAAUCGAGCACAGUAUUAAACUAGUCCUAAGUUACAUUGUACCGAGUAUUAACCAGCUGCAGAAGUUAGAGUUGUAAACUAGGAGGGGGAAAUCAUUUGAUGAAGAAGGCUUUUAUCCGGUUCAUCCUAAAUUUGGUUGUUGGCAUGGACAUUUGUGGGAUUCUACAAAAAGCGAUCAUUGCUUUUUGCCAGUGGUAGUGGAACCAGGAAAUUAGAAUCUGUGCAAUCUCUGAUAGGAAAGCUUUUUGACUUCCUCUUCAUAUGGCUGUUUGAAACAUACUCUGCUUACAAGGAAAGUCAAUUUAGUCCUUUUUUGCAAAAUUUGUUAGUUUCUGAGGAAGGUAAAUUGAGCACAAAAUAAAUACUUUUCAAAGUGCUAGACAUUUUUCAUGUAAAUAUUAUAUAUCAGAGGGACCAAGCAUUCUAAUCGGGAAAUGAAGCUUCUUUAACAUAAUAGUUUAGCGUAUUGAUGAAUUGAUAAUUAAUAACGGGUCCAAAAUACUAAGAGAAUUGGAGGUGAUGAGGGGACUUCUAUAUCUUUCUAAUAUAAGCAUACAGCCUGAACAUUUUAGGUUCGACAAAUGCUGGUUUGGAGACUGUUUUCUUAGAUCAAUUGUAAAUUUAACACAGCAAUGAAAAUAUUUUUGGUUAAGAGCAAAGGAAAAAAAUUUAUUUUCUUACAGUAAGAUUAUUUUCAUUGAAUUUUAGUCAGUGACCUCAAAGAUGAUAUGUGUGUGUUGGUGAUCAACAUUCUGAUCCAAAUAAUCAGAAGUGUAAUUAUGAGGAUUUUUUUUUUUCCAUGUGAAAAGCAGUGCUACCUUUUGAGUCUUCAUUUGUCACAGUGCAAUAGCGUGAAACAAAGUUCCCUUGGGGACCAUUCUGUUCUUUCUGGUGUCUUUUUUUUUUUAAGUAUUGCCUGACAGCGUCAGCACUUGCAUGGACUGAACCACUAUUUCGAUGUUUGCUAAAUUAUUUUCACAGGUGGAUCUUCGUCGAAUGAACUGAAUUGGGGGGAAAAAACAUUGAAGCAAGGGUAGAUUGAAAAUAUUUUGCAGGAUUCAACUGCACAUAGAAAAGCAAAUGUAUAAAUGGUGCACUAUGGUGGGAAUCGUGCUUAAUGUUUGGAAUUUCAACAUAAUGUUGCUCAGGAAUCAGUAUUUCUCUUCCAAGUAUGUGCAUAUUGCACCUUUAGAUGAUAAGUAGAAAUAAUUGAAUGCUUUAUUUAAACGUAUAUUUUUAUGCACACUAAUGCUGUAAAUGUUAUUGUAUAAUGUAUUUUCUAUAAAUUCAAAAUGUAUCUAUUACAGAAAAGUUUGUCAGCGUGUACAUCUUUAAAAAGAGGAGCUUUAAAGUUUUUGCUGCUUCAACUUUUCACAUUUUAAGAGGUCUGAAUGCAAAACAUAAUAAAGUUUCUAUUUUAUUAUGUUGUCCAAAAAA